GCCGGAAGUAGACUACGACCCACUCUUUUCUCUGUGCUCCGUGGCAUUUUGCGACACAGGCAGUCUGUCGCUGCAGGUUUUAUACUAAACCCACGGCUGUAAGUACAGGCAGGGAUGGACAAAGACGAGAUUAGGUGAUCAUCGCAUGGAUUACACAGGAUAACUGUUUUAAGACACUGAUAGGUUGGAGCCAAGAAAUAAGACCUUUGCAGUAAAAUGAAACACCCUUUCAAACAUCUGAGAUGAUGUGAAGACGCAUAUUGUAAGUAAUGUGAUCAGAGGGGAAAGGGAAUGCAGACUUGCCAGCUAUAGCGUGUAUGCAAGCGUGAUGCCCAGGCGUGGGUUGCCGUUCCAGGGCCGGGUCCGCUGGCUCUUUCUGGGCCUCUUCCUGUUGCUGGUGCUGCUGCUCUUCGCAUACCUGCUGGAGUGCACACCUCCAGCAGACGCCAGCCUGGUCCUGCCCGGCCUAGCAGGGGAGGCCUACGGGAAGGAGUACUACCAGGCCCUGCUGCAGGAACAGGAGGAGCGCCACCUAAACCGUGCUGCCAGUCUAAAGCGCCAGAUUGCCCAGCUCAAGCAGGAGCUGCAGGAAAUGAGUGAGAAGCUGAAGCUUCUGCAGGACAAGAAGGAGCUCCCCGGGGUGCAGGGCCUGGCUGAGACUAAAGACCAAGAGCCGGGAGAUCUGCUGGAGUACCUGCACUCUCAGAUCGACAAGGCUGAGGUCAACACAGGGGCCCGCCUCCCCAGUGAGUAUGCCCUGGUGCCCUUUGAGAGUUUCACUUCUUCCAAGGUGUACCAGCUGGAGAUGGGGCUGACGCGGCACCCAGAAGAGAAACCUGUGCGCAAAGACCGCAGGGACGAGCUGGUGGAGGUCAUCGAGGCUGCUCUGGACAUCAUCAACAACCCCGAUGAGGAGGAUGGUGUGGAGGAAGACAUGCCGAUGCAGAGACAAACCUACACCGAGGGUCACUUUACUGAAGGACUGUACAGGACAGAGCGAGACAAAGGGACACUCUACGAGCUCUUCUUUGCCAAAGAGGAUUCCAGUAGCUUCCGCCACGUCACACUCUUCAGGCCUUUUGGCCCCUUAAUGAAAGUCAGGAGCACAUCUGUAGAAACAUCAGCACUGAUAAUUAACAUCAUUGUGCCGCUGGCGGGCAGAGUAGAAACUUUCUCACAGUUCUUACACAACUUCAGGGAGGUGUGCAUACAGCAGGACAGGCGAGUACAUCUCACAGUGGUUUAUUUUGGGCACGAAGGCUUACAGGAGGUGAAGUCAUCUUUGGAACAGAUGUCAAGAGAGGAGAGUUUCUCCAAUUACACUCUGAUCCCAGUGGAUGAGGAGUUUUCACGAGGUCGGGGUCUGGAUAUCGGAGCCCACGCCUGGAAGAAAGGCGACGUCUUAAUGUUUUUUUGUGACGUUGACAUCCAUUUUACACUUGAGUUCCUUAACACCUGUCGCCUACACACUGCUCCAAAUAAGAAAGUCUUCUAUCCAGUGGUGUUCAGUCUGUACAAUCCUGCCAUAGUCUAUGGAAAUUUGGAGCUGGCUCCAGCCACUGAACUCCAACUAAUUCACAAAAAAGAUACUGGAUUCUGGAGAGAUUUUGGCUUUGGAAUGACGUGUCAGUAUCGCUCAGAUUUCCUAAAUAUUGGUGGCUUCGAUCUUGAAGUCAAAGGCUGGGGUGUGGAAGACGUCCACUUGUACAGGAAGUAUCUUCGGAGCGACCUGAUAGUGAUUCGGACGCCAGUGUCCGGCCUUUUCCACAUGUGGCACGAGAAGCAGUGUGCGGACGAGCUGACUCCGGAGCAGUACCGCAUGUGCAUCCAGUCCAAGGCCAUGAACGAGGCGUCCCACUCUCACCUGGGCAUGUUGGUUUUCCGUGAGGAAAUCGAGGCUCACCUACGCAAGCAGGCCUUCAAGACUCAGAGCAAAACAGAGGACUGAGUAAGCCUCUACGUACCAAACGCGAUUCCAACGUUAAGACUGCGAGUUGCUGACUCAAUUAACGCACCACAGCAAAGACAUGUUUACAUGGAUCCUUCUGCAUUUCACCGCACAGCUGUAGACUAAUGAAUGUACAAAAAUGAGCAUCAGUCAGUGUGAAACAUGGUACAACUUUUACUGAAGAGCUACAGCAGAUUUAAACAAAUAAAUAUACACAAGUAAAACAUCUUUUGGAUUUAGGUUGACAUUGCAUUUUACGUACUGAAGCACCUGACUUGCAACCAGUUUCUUCACUAUUGUCACCCUCUGUGCAGCUUGACUACCUUUCCCUGCUGAGUUUGACCUCAGCCAGUAGACUUCAGCUCUUUCAGAUGAUUUCUGCAUUCCAAAAAGGUAUCCAACAAGAUCAAAUACAACAGCUGCCAAUGUUUAGAGUGGCUUUUUAAUAGACAAAAAAUCAGUUACAAAAGUGUGAAGUCAAGCUGUGGAACUACUUAUUUACAGUUGACAAAAGGAAAAAUAAGAAUUUGCACUUUCUUAUAGUGGAAGUUGAAAAAAAUGCAAGUUGACCCCAUAAGAACCAGAACGUUUCUGUAGAUUCUCAGCUGUCUGCAAGUUGAAGAUCAAGGUAAUUUACAGUCUUUCCCAGAAUAUUGGCAUUUGUGUAUGGAGCCAUACUGUUCUGUUAGUAUUAUAUUUAUAUGUUGUUUCAGACUGGCAGUGUUUUUUUAAAAAAAAGGGACCUUUGUGUGUUUUGUGACAAUGAGUCACUGUUCUUCCUUUGCUUUGACGACAGCUUCCAAGUGAUCAGUUCAACAGAGAAGCAUGUUGAUUAAAUAGUUAAGAGCCAUGAGCAAAGAUGUGCUUAUAGCAUGCAGCGCUAUGAUAUCAGGUCUAUAUGGACCAGUAUUAUUUGUAUAAAUAAAUUUCAUUUAUGCCUGGUGAGAAUCACUCACAGCACUAUGAUUCCUAAUACUGGACUGCGAUUGAAUGUUACAGCCACUGUUGUAAAUACUUUUCUAAUAUUUCUGUUUGGUACAUGUGAGUUGAAUACGUUUGUCGUACGUGCCUACAGGCUUAAAGUGAAAUGUUGGAGAUUGUUUUGAAGGUGUUUGAAACAGUGUAUACAGCUGUGGGCCUGAUAAUUGUAUUCCAUCUCAUAAUGAGAGCGGAUAUUACAGCUGAGUAGUUCAGUCGCAAAGAUUAGUAGUAGUGUUACUGAGUACAGCUGUCAAAAGUCUACGUAGUGCUUUAUUUUUCUCACAAUUAAAGCAGGUUAUUCUUGCAUCUCA